GGAGAGAGAGAGAGAGAGAAUUUUUUUUUUCAAAAAAAGGAAGGGAUCCAAAAUAGAUUAGGGCGGGUGGCAAAUUGCACGCCACACAUGCUCGUCUUCUUCAUUUAAUGAUGACGACAUAAACGUCAUACCCAAUUUCGUAACGAGCGUCCCGCCUCCCCAUUUCCAAACACUCACUUCCGCGAAUGACGCUUCCGUCUUCAAUUAUGUAUCUGGAAAUUCCCAUUUCAGGUUCAUAACCCUCUUUCUAUAUUCAUCCGACAUUUAUACUCGCUUUGAGAGAGGAGAGGAAGCUGAGAGAGAGAGAGAGAGGGAUUGCAGUGGACAAGCAGAGGGGACAACCCACGAUCUGAUACGCCCCAAGAGGACCCAUCAUGCCAUCAGGUUCAAAGAAGAGAAAAGCUGCCAAGAAAAAGAAGGAAAAGCGAGCUAACAUCAACUCUUCCGCCAACACCUCUCAUGGAAAUAAUGGUCUGAAAUUGCGUGAUGAGAAAGAGAGUGAUGGUGGCGAAGUUGGUUCUCCUGCAUCUCAGGACCACCAACACCAUGAGCGUCCGUUUGGAGAGGCAGCGGGCGAGGAGGAUAAGACGGACACUUCAUCUGUUCAAUCAUUUGCCUCUGAGAACAAAUCCAUGGAGGAAGCCAGUCAAGAUAAAGGGGGUGAGGGGGUUGUUGAUGUUGUUCCGCAACUGAAGCCUGAGGAGAGCUCCAAGAGGCAAAACAUUAGUAUUGAGUAUGUUGAGCUUGAGAAAGAGUCACAUGAUGAAGGGUCGUUUGGAGAUGAUGGGGGUACCAGCAGGGAUGAUGGGGGCACCAGCAGUAGCAGUAGUUCUGAUGAUGAGAGGAAGUGGAAGGACGAUGCUUCCAACUCUGUGUUGGAGACAACACCUCCUGAUGCUUCAGUUAUGGCUGAGGUUGUUGAUGUGGCAAGGAAGUCAAAGGACGACAGUUACAAUUCUGUAUUGGAAACAACACCUGCUGACGCUUCAGUUAUGACUGAGGUUGUUGAUGUUGUUCCCCCCGGGGAGGCUUGUAAUGUGGUUUUGGAAACUGGUCCUUUGGCUGAGUCAACCAAGCCUGCCCAUUCUUUGCCUGAAGAGGCAGCUUUUGAUACCAAAAUCAUUCCAGUUCCGAAUCUGAAGGUUUCUGAUGGGGUUGAUACUAGUUCAAAGGAACAUGAGAAAUUGUUGCCAUCAUUGCACGAGGUUACUGCAGAUUCACUGACUACAAUAGAUUCCACAUCUAAGAAACAUGAUGAUAAAGUUUUCCCUCUUUCAAAUGAGAAUGUCAGGGUAUCUUCAAUUUCAAGUGGGGUUGUUUCAGCAUCAGCUGAUAAUGAAGAUAAACUGUUGCCACCAUCAGACGUGCCUAGUGUUGGUGUAGGUGAUGGUGCAGAACCCACACAAGGUUCUGAAGAGACUCCUGAAUGCUCUGAAAAUCAGCCCCUGGUAGCUUCAGCUCCACGAUCUGAGCAAACCACUUUCUGGAAGAGUUGCUGUGGACUUUUUGAUGUGCUAACAGGCAGUAAUAGAUAAUUUCUGUUAGUGUGGCAGAAAGAAUUUCCUUGUUGAAGUGGACUUCAGUGCACCAGUCUCAAUUUUCUUGAAGUUUGUGAACUCAGUUUGUAAUAGUUUAAGAAGGGUUUCGGUUCCUGAUGUUUGCGUGGUAUAAUUUUUGUUUUCUAGUUUAAGAAUAAUGGGCUCAAGGCCAAACUACAUAAAUCGGCUUAGCUUGCAGCAAUGUUACUGUUAAGAUUAGCAGCAGUCUCAAUGUCCUAGUUUUUCUUGUUAGUUUUGCAGUGUGUAGAUUUGCUUUACCUAUUUUGGUUCUUUGGGACAGAGUUUGGUUUCUCAUGUUGUGUUCAUUGCUUGAGGAAAUUAUUGUAUUGGAGGGCGAUUCCAUAUUAAAAAAAUCCAUUUUAUUAGGUUGA